GAAAAGAACGAAAAUAUAAAGGCACUGUAAGAGUCAGUCAAGAGGACCAAGCUACCAUUCCCACUCAUUCGGCUAAUGAAAAGAGAGUUUCAGUGAAGAUGUGGAGGUUCACGUGUACGACUUUAUUCCUGCUCAUAUGUGUCAAAGCUUCACACUCUCAGUCGAAUGUUUGUGGCCGUGCCCCUCUAAACACCCGUAUUGUGGGUGGUGUGGAUGCCACUGGAGGGUCGUGGCCGUGGCAAGUCAGUCUACACAGCUCCACUUACGGCGGUCAUUUUUGUGGAGGCUCACUCAUCAACACAGAAUGGGUGUUGACAGCAGCUCACUGUUUAUCUGCUGUCACCACAUCCAGUAUGCGUGUGUACUUGGGAAGAAAAACACAGCAGGGAGUUAAUAUCCAUGAAGUCUCUAGGACCGUCAAAAGCCGCAUCAUUCACUCUGCCUACGACAGCUCCACCGUUAACAAUGACAUCGCUCUCCUGCGUCUAUCCUCUCCAGUCACCUUUACUGACUAUAUCAGACCUGUGUGCCUGGCAUCACAGAACAGUGUCUUUGCUUCUGACACCAGCAGCUGGAUCACAGGCUGGGGACAAAUUUUAAACGGAGUGAAUUUACCAGCUCUUGGAGCUCUUCAAGAAACUGUGGUUCCUGUGGUGCCAAAUAUUCAAUGCAAUAUUCUUCUGGGUGCUGGAUCUGUCACCAACAAUAUGAUGUGUGCUGGUUACGUGCUGGGUGGCAAAGAUACCUGCCAGGGGGACUCUGGAGGUCCAAUGGUAAGCCAGUUGUGUUCAAAGUGGGUUCAGUCUGGUAUCACUAGCUGGGGUUAUGGCUGUGCUGAUCCCAACUCACCCGGAGUGUACACCCGUGUGUCACAAUACCAGAGCUGGAUCACUAACAAUAUCAAACAGAAUUUGCCGGGAUUCGUCUCCUUCAAUCCCCCAAGCUAUUGCUCUUCUUCCAGCCUAACCUCAACCUCUUGUUCUGGGAGAUGCAAUGAGAAGUUUGGUUUACUAAAUCGCUGUAACUGCAACCCUGGAUGCCUAAUAAAAUGCUGCAAAGAUUUCACACAGCGAUGCGGAAUUUGAGGUAUGCAGUAACUCUCAGGAUGGUAUCAGGAACUCUCAGGAACUUGGUCAAACCAGUUCUCAGUCACAUACUUUUAGUUUCAUGUUGCACUACAUGUAAAAAUAGAAGAUUUUUUAAAGUUCCGAUGAAAUCAAAAACGACAAUAUUUCAUUUGUAAGUACACAUUGCUAUCUUUGUGGUGAACAAUUAAUCUGUACAUUUCAGACAAAUAUAAUCUUUAAUCAAACAUAAAAACAUUUACUUUUCGGGAUCAAUUUACAGUGGAAAAUUGCCAUACUUUAUAUAUGCUUUGCAUCAGCACAUGUUACAUAAAGGAUUUUCUCAUUGUGAGUACAUUAAAGAAAAUUGUCACAAAUUAUCACAAUUUCACUUUGUAUGAAAUUAAUAUAUUUGUAGUUUUCAGUUUUACAAAUAAUUGAUUGGUUUCGAAUUAAGAUGUAUCCUAUGAGAUGGGAGUCUGCAUGACUUGUAGAGAAAACACUGGAGACUAGGAUGUUUUACUAGACUCUUAUCUUUCUUUAAGUAUGUGCACAAAUGAAAAUAUACUGGGAGAAUGUCAAUGUAUGCAAAAAAUGCCACAACUUCUAAUUUACUGCGCUUUUUUAGCUUUUAAACUGAGAUAUUUUAUUUUGCCAGAAAAUAACAUGUUGGCAUGUGGUAUACAGGAACUCUCCAAAGGCAUGUUUUUUAUACUGAGCUAAUAAAAUUCUCUGUCCCCACCCCUAAACCUAUCAGAAAACAAAAAGUGUCUUCAUAAACCAUGUUAAUGUUCUAAUAACCAAGUUAAUACUACCCAUGUAAAUUUAUGUCAUCACAAACCACACAUUCAACCCUUGCACACUCACCGCAGGUUGAUAUUAUCACUUAAGUCAUAUAGUGUUAUUUGAAGCAGCACUAAAGAUGUAAUUUUGACCUUCAAUGCAAUGGUUUGGGUUGAAUUGCAUUUUAUGGAGAAAAAAAUCUGGAAUAUCUUUCCCCAAAACCCUUUUUUGUUUGACCUAAGAAAGAACGACAUAAACACCUUGCAUGCCAUGGGGGUGAACAGAAUUUUUUUAUUUUUUUAAUUAACUAGGGC